GGGCCGAGAGCGUCACUAGACUUCUCAGUUGGGGCUUCUUGACCCUCGUUGUCGCCUAACUGACGGGACCGAAGUGGCCAGGCCGCAGGGCCAGGCACACUCCCUGCCCAUUCUCUCGUAAGGUAUUUGAGGAGCCAAGGAAAAGGUCAGAGUGAUGGAAGCACAGAGAGCAGAGAGGAGACUGGCCUCAAAUAUGAGGUCUUCUCAGGAAGUCAGACCCUCCCUUGGAAAAAUGGAAGCUGCUGCGGAGAGUCUGCCUGAAGUGAAGACAGAGGCCCAGUCUUUACAGGCGAAAGUCUUAUCUACUGAUCCAGCCGUUGCAGAGGGUCCCCUAAGAACCCAAACUCAGGAAAACAAGGGCACAGAGAACUGGCUUCUGUUGCCCUACGACAAACAGGGAUUGGAGGCCCGAAUUGCAGAGGCUGAGGCCUGGGAGGUUCAGGCUGCUGAAGCUGAGAAAAGGAGGAGCAGCCAGUUUAGGAGAUCCUCUUUGUUGGAGAUGGAAGAUGCCCCGGUGAUACAGAAAUCCUCGCUGAAGAAGGUGGCGUUAUUGGAGAAGGAAAAGAGUGGGGUCGUCUCCACCCGUCCACCCUGGUCCAGCAAGGCCGAGUACAUCCUCGCCCUGGUGGGCUUCACCUUGAGGGCACUCAAUCUUUGGCGUUUUCCCCACUUGUGGCUUCACAAUGGAGGCUGGAGUUUCUUCAUCAUCUACAUCGUCUUGCUGUUCUUGAUCGGGAUUCCUCUCCUCUUCCUGGAGAUGGCAGUUGGUCAGAGGAUGCGCCAGUGCAGCAUUUUUGCAUGGGCUGUCAUUGGCCCCUGGUUUGGUAGUGUGGGGUAUAGCAGCUUAAUGGUGUGCUUCAUCACUGCCUUGUACUUGAAUGUGGUCAAUGCCUGGAUCCUCUUCUACUUGGGCCAGUCCUUCCAUUUUUCCGUUCCAUGGGAGCAGUGUCCUCUACUGAAGAACUCCAGUGGCUUUGAUCCUGAAUGUGCACGGACAACACCCUCCAUGUACUUCUGGUACCGGCUGACCUUGAAGGCCUCGGACAGAAUUGAGGAUAGUGGGCCACCAGUCAUCACUCUGUUCCUGCCCCUUCUGAUGGCUUGGUGUCUUGUUGGCAUUUUCAUGAUUAAUGGGAUCAAGGCCGCCAGGAAGGUAAUAUGUGUCUUGGUACCAUUGUCUGCUAUCAUCAUAAUCUCUUUCCUCGUCCGGAGUGUACUGCUGACCGGGGCACGAUACGGGCUUCAACGUUUGAAGGUUAUGGAGGUAUCAGCUAUAUACAGCAUCAAUGCGUGGGGCCAAGCAGGGGUCCAAGUCUUGUUUGCCUUAGGUCUCGGCUUUGGCCCCAUUGUCAUUUACUCCUCAUACAUGGACCAGUCCAACAACUGUCUCAACGAUGCAUUUCUUGUGGCUUUGGUCAACCUGGGCUAUGCGAUACUUGCCACACCUUUUAUCUUCAGUGUGCUGGGCUUCUGGGCCAUCGUCCUCACGCACAACUGCACUGAGAAGAACGCUGAAGUGCUCUUGAAGCUGGUAAUCCAGGGGAAACUGCCUCCUGAGGCCCUGCCCCCUCUGAACCUGCCAGAUGAUCCAACCUUCAUCUUCAACUCCUGGUUGAACAAACUUUCCCAGCCCAUCAAGAACAUGGUCCUCAAACACAUUAUUGAGUGCAACUUGGAGAAGCAGUUUUUGAAGGUUAAGGAGGGCCCAAACUUUGCAUUCCUGGCCUUCAUUGAAGCCAUGUCAUUCAUUCCUGGGUCUGUCUUCUGGUCCAUCCUCUUCUUCCUGCUGUUGCUGAUCCUGGAGAUGAAUGUCAUGAUGGGGCUUCUGCAGGGCGUCCUGAUUCCACUUCAGGACACCUUUCCUUUUUGCAGGAAGCAUGCAAAGCUAUUUAUAGUGGUUCUCUUUGGGCUCAUGUUCCUGUGCGGCAUCUUCUUCAUUGAACCUGCAGGCGUCUACUACAUCAGACUGCUGAGUGAUUACUGGAUGAUCCUCCCCAUCAUCAUCAUUAUCAUACUUGAAAACGUGGCUGUGAGCUGGGCCUAUGGGUCCAGGAGGUUUCUUGCAGAAUUGGCGACUCUGUGGAACCGCCCGAUCCAUCCCAUCUGUCACUGGCUAUGGUGCUAUGUGUCUCCAGUUGUGCUGCUGAUCCUGUUUAUUGCAACUCUGUCUUUUCUGUUUCUGAAGACCUUCACCUAUGUGGCCUGGGACGCAAGCACUUCAAAAGAGGUGCAUCGACCCUACCCAUCAUGGGCGCUGCUCGUGAUGAUUUCCAUUUUCCUCGUGGUCACCCUCCCCAUCCCCUUAUACUUUGUGUACAGCUACACCCAUGGUAUUCCCUUCAAACCCAGAAGCUUGGAUAGUCCUCUCACAUCCUCCACAUCCGUAAGGCCCAAUAAUGAGGCCCAAAAGAAGGCAAUCCCACAAGGUGGCAGUGCAACUGCUAGUCCAUCAGUUGUGUGACAUCCUAACUUCCUUGGUGUGGCUUGACAUCUCACAUCCUUCAACACAGAUCUAACAGGCAACUCUUACUAUCAACUACCAAUUGUUAUGUCCUUGGACCCAGAACUCCUUUUAUUCCCAAGAAUAUAGCAUUAUUUGGGGGGCUCUUGGGACCUGGCACUGCAGCCCCCCUCCAAGACCACUCUGGUUGCCACCCCGCCCCCCUUCUCAGUGUGUACACAUACACACUGUGGGUGAGGCAAACCGAACCUGGCUGAUACGGAGCUGGAGGAGUAAUGCUGUUGAUCAAUAAAUCAAUCCAAGCACUG